AGGCAGGCCCAAACCAUGGCUUUUGCAAUUGAUGAGAUCAACAGGAACUCCAAGCUGUUACCCAACAUGACUUUGGGGUACAGUCUGUAUGACAACUGUGUUAAACUCGGAAUAGUAUUCCGUGCGGCAAUGGCAUUAAUAAGUGGUCAAGAGGAGCAAAUUCUAAUGGAAGAGAGCUGUGAGGGAAGGGCUCCAGUGUUGGGAAUUGUGGGGGAUUCUUCCUCCACACAUUCUAUUGCCAUCUCCACUGUUUUAGGUUUGUACAGAGUACCUAUGGUGAGUUAUUUUGCCACAUGUUCCUGUCUAAGUGACCGCAAGACGUUUCCAUCCUUCUUUAGAACGAUACCAAGCGAUGCUUUCCAGGUGAAUGCUAUGAUUCAGAUUCUAAAACACUUUGGCUGGACUUGGGUGGGACUGCUGAUCAAUGAUGAUGAUUAUGGGCUCCACGCUGCCAGAUCAUUUCAGUCUGAUCUGAGUCUGUCGGGUCAAAGCUGCCUGGCCUACUUAGAGGUGUUGCCGUGGAGCAACGAGGCUGCAGAGCUGAGGAGGAUAGUGGAUGUGAUGAAGAAAUCCACAGCUCAUGUUGUCAUUGUGUUUGCACAUGAAAGACACAUGAUCAAUCUCAUGGAGGAGGUGGUGAGACAGAACUUGACAGGCCUGCAGUGGUUGGCGAGUGAAGCCUGGUCCACAGCCUCCGUGCUUCAGACCUCUGACCUCAUGCCGUACCUUGGAGGCACAUUGGGCAUCGCUAUCCGUCGAGGAGAGAUACCAGGCCUCAGGGACUACCUGUCAGAAAUAAAUCCUAAUAUACAUCACAACAACAGCUAUGGAAAUAGCAUUGUAAGAUUUGACCGUAUCACCAAAUAUAGUACUUCCACAAGUGGUACAUAAUUAUUGGUUCACUUAAAGUUUUGAAAUAUUUCAGGUAAACCAGUUUUGGGAAUUCACAUUUCAGUGUAGAUUUGCACCACCUCCAGUAGGCUGGGUUGAAAACGGGGGGAAAGUUUGCACUGGAAAAGAA